AUGGAUGACAAUCUAUAUGACGAGUUUGGGAACUACAUUGGUCCAGAAAUAGAGUCUGACCGAGAGAGUGAUGGAGAGGAAGAAGAUGAAGAACUUCCAGACAAGCCUCACGAAGAUGAGGAGGAAUCUGAUGGUGAGGAGGCAGUUCAUGCUUCCAAUGGGUGGCUUACUGCUUCUAAUGAUGUUGAUAUGGAUAACCAAGUUGUCCUUGCUGAGGACAAGAAGUACUACCCAACUGCAGAGGAGGUUUAUGGUCCAGGUGUUGAAACAUUGGUUAAUGAUGAAGAUGAGCAGCCUCUCGAGCAACCAAUAAUCAAGCCUGUUAGGAACAUCAAGUUUGAGGUUGGGGUUAAGGAUUCCUCAACUUAUGUUUCCAGCCAGUUUCUUGUUGGUCUCAUGUCAAACCCUUCUUUGGUUCGUAAUGUUGCCCUCGUGGGCCAUCUACAACAUGGGAAGACAGUUUUUAUGGACAUGUUGGUUGAGCAAACGCAUCAUAUGCCUACUUUUGAUAUAAAUAGUGAGAAGCACAUAAGAUACACGGAUACAAGGAUCGAUGAGCAAGAAAGAAGGAUAUCUAUUAAGGCAGUUCCAAUGUCACUUGUCCUUGAAGAUAGCAAGUCAAAGUCGUACCUCUGUAACAUCAUGGACACCCCUGGUCAUGUCAACUUCUCGGAUGAAAUGACUGCUGCUCUCAGGCUUGCUGAUGGUGCGGUGUUGAUUGUGGACGCAGCUGAAGGAGUGAUGGUAAACACCGAGAGGGCCAUACGCCAUGCAAUUCAGGAACAGCUGCCUAUUGUUGUUGUGAUCAAUAAGGUUGACAGGCUCAUAACAGAGCUUAAACUGCCUCCAAAGGAUGCUUAUCACAAGCUAAGACAUACCAUAGAAGUCAUUAACAACAAUAUAUCUGCUGUCUCUUCGACUGCUGGAAAUGUUCAAAUCAUAGAUCCAGCUGCUGGAAAUGUUUGUUUUGCUGGUGCAACUGCAGGAUGGUCCUUCACUUUGCAAUCCUUUGCUAGAUUGUAUCUCAAACUCCAUGGUAUCCCAUUUGAUGCUGAUAAGUUUGCAUCUCGUCUUUGGGGGGAUAUGUAUUAUCAUCCCGAGGACAGGACUUUCAAGAAGAAACCUCCUGCUAGUGGAGCAGAAAGAUCGUUUGUCCAGUUUGUGCUGGAACCUCUCUACAAAAUAUACAGCCAAGUGAUUGGAGAACAUAAAAAAAGUGUUGAGGCUACUCUUGCUGAGUUUGGUGUCACUCUUCCUAAUUCAGCUUAUAAAUUAAAUGUCAGGCCUUUGCUAAGAUUGGCUUGCAGCCAAGUUUUUGGCUCAGCUGCAGGCUUCACUGAUAUGCUCGUUAAGCAUAUACCUUCAGCUAAGGAUGCUGCUGCUAGGAAGGUUGAUCAUACAUAUACUGGGCCCAAAGAUUCAAUGAUUUACCAGGCGAUGGUAGAUUGUGAUCCUUCUGGCCCAUUAAUGGUUAAUGUGACCAAACUGUAUCCAAAGUCAGAUUGCAGUUCCUUUGAUGCUUUUGGUCGGGUUUUUAGUGGUAAAAUUAUGACAGGGCAGUCUGUAAAAGUUUUGGGAGAAGGCUAUUCACCAGAGGAUGAGGAGGACAUGACAGUAAAAGAAGUGACAAAACUAUGGGUAUAUCAAGCUCGGUACAGGUUACCCAUAAGCAUGGCACCUCCUGGUUCCUGGGUUCUCAUUGAAGGUGUUGAUGCUUCAAUUAUGAAAACUGCAACUCUCUGUAAUGUGAAUUAUAAUGAAGAAGAUAUAUACAUAUUUCGACCUCUUCAGUUUAAUACUCUUCCAGUAGUGAAAACUGCCACAGAGCCUUUAAAUCCAAGUGAGUUGCCCAAAAUGGUGGAGGGUCUUAGGAAGAUCAGUAAAAGCUAUCCUCUGGCCAUAACAAAAGUUGAGGAGUCUGGGGAGCACACUAUUCUUGGUACUGGAGAGCUGUACUUGGAUUCUAUUAUGAAGGACCUCAGAGAACUCUAUUCCGAAGUGGAAGUCAAGGUUGCCGAUCCUGUUGUCUCAUUCUGUGAAACAGUGGUGGAGUCUUCAUCAAUGAAAUGCUUUGCUGAAACACCCAACAAGAAGAAUAAAAUAACCAUGAUUGCUGAGCCAUUGGAGAAGGGGCUUGCAGAAGACAUUGAGAAUGGUAUUGUAAGCAUUGACUGGAAUCGGAAAGCUCUAGGUGACUUCUUCAAGACAAAAUAUGAUUGGGACUUGCUUGCAGCACGAUCCAUAUGGGCUUUUGGCCCUGAUAAGCAGGGACCUAAUAUUUUGCUAGAUGACACACUUCCUACUGAGGUGGACAAGGGAUUACUGGGUGCUGUGAAGGAUUCUAUUGUUCAAGGGUUUCAGUGGGGUGCGCGAGAAGGGCCACUUUGUGAUGAACCGAUCAGAAAUGUUAAGUUUAAGAUAGUUGAUGCUAGGAUUGCGCCUGAACCACUUCAUCGCGGAUCUGGUCAAAUAAUCCCAACAGCUCGGCGUGUGGCCUAUUCAGCUUUUCUUAUGGCAACCCCAAGGCUCAUGGAACCAGUGUAUUAUGUUGAGAUACAAACACCAAUCGACUGUCUCACUGCAAUUUAUACAGUGUUAUCUCGCAGACGUGGGCAUGUUACAGCAGAUGUUCCUCAGCCUGGGACUCCAGCAUAUAUUGUCAAGGCAUUUUUACCUGUCAUAGAAUCAUUUGGUUUUGAGACGGACUUGAGGUACCAUACCCAAGGGCAAGCAUUCUCCCUCUCAGUGUUUGAUCAUUGGGCUAUAGUCCCUGGAGAUCCCCUUGAUAAAAGCAUUGUUCUGAGGCCACUUGAGCCUGCACCCAUCCAGCACCUUGCCCGUGAAUUUAUGGUGAAGACAAGGCGUCGCAAGGGAAUGAGUGAAGACGUGAGCAUUAACAAGUUCUUCGAUGAGGCUAUGGUGGUUGAGCUGGCUCAGCAAGCAGCAGAUAUUCAUCAACAAAUGAUGUGA